UUGUGUUCGAGGAAGUGCUGGAGUCACUUUGUGUAAUUGGGAAAACGCUAGCCCAGUCCUUGCGGACAGAACACUGGAAAAGUUAUAUGACCUGUCCACUCCAUCAGAUUGGAAAUCCAGAUCCUAGCGGCGUCGUACACCAACCUCACGUGUUAAACAUACUCUGCACGUGACGUGAUCCAUGUUUCAUAUCAUUCAUGCUGCACGCACCGCUUGAUCAGUAUGAUGCUCGCAAUUCUUUUGCUUUGUGGUUGCAUUGGCACGACAGGUUCGUGGAGUGUGUCUAGUGAAGCCAAGCAGCAGUGGGACUAUGUGAAUGUGCGGCCUGAUGCAUACAUGUUCUGGUGGCUUUACCACACUACUGCACCCUCCCCCCACACGGCUCCUCUCGUCAUGUGGCUCCAGGGUGGACCUGGUGGAUCGUCUACAGGUUUUGGAAAUUUUGAAGAAAUAGGCCCACUCACUGUUCAGCUCAAACCACGCAACACUACUUGGCUCUCUGAAGCUAGCCUUCUGUUUGUAGAUAAUCCAGUGGGCACAGGUUACAGUUAUGUUACAAACAGCAAUGCCUAUACAACUGAUGUAAAGGAGAUAGCCCAAGACCUAGUCAUCCUGUUUAAGGCGUUUUUACAAAGAGUUCCAGAGUUCCAGACUGUUCCAUUUUACAUUUUUUGUGAAUCAUAUGGAGGAAAGAUGGUGGCUGCAUUCAGUAUGGAACUUAGAAAGGCAAUUGAAAGCGGUGAGAUUAAAUCUGACUUCCGUGGAGCAGCUUUAGGGGACUCGUGGAUAUCUCCCAUGGACUCAGUGAAUACUUGGGGGCCUUAUUUGUAUGCAACUUCUUUGGUAGAUAGAACUGGGCUGAAGAGAAUCCAAGCAGCUGCCCUGAAGACACAAAUGCUGGUGGAUGCUGGGAAAUGGACGGAGGCAACUAACAGUUGGAGCGUUACCGAGGAUAUUGUGGAGCAAACCACCAAUGGAGUGAACUUUUAUAAUAUCCUACAGUGGGGGUCAGCAGAGAGACAUACCAGAGCCCCUCACUGGGGAAAACUCUCUCCUCUUGAAAGAUUGUAUCACAGACAUGUCUCCUACAUGCAAGCUGAUAACCUGGCAUCUCUAAUGAAUGGACCCAUUAGACAGAAAUUAGGAAUCAUCCCCAAAAAUGUAACAUGGGGUGGGCAGUCCGGUAUGGUGUUUACCAAGCAGUCAGGAGACUUCAUGAAACCUGUUGUUGACAUUGUGGAAUCCCUCAUUCAGAACUGCUCUGCUCUUGGAAGCUGCUUGGACAUCGUGGUUUACAGUGGACAACUGGAUCUUAUUGUCGAUACAGCAGGUACAGAGGCUUGGGUUGAAAAACUCUCCAUUGCUCCAGAAUUUGACCAAGGCAAGAGAGAACCGAUCAGAGACCCUGUAUCAAAUGAGCAGUCUGCCUAUGUCAAACAAGUCAAGAACUUUGCAUUUUUUUGGAUACUGGAUGCAGGGCACAUGGUUCCUGCAGACAACGGAAAUACAGCCCUGGAGAUGUUACGAAUGGUUAUUCACAAAGAAAGAAAUACAUUGUGAGCCCUUCCAGUGGAUUACUAGGACUUUUCACAAGUAUCAAUGUUAUCAGUAAAUAGAAUUCUUCUUUUUUUCUUUGAACUGCUGACUUUUUAACAAUCCCACCACUCUGACAGUGAUAUUAGUGUAAAAAAAAAUAUUUUGAUCAAACAUUUUGUACUGGUGUUUAUAGCAUACAUGCUAUUGCGCUGAAAUUUGACAGUAAAUUGGAUAUGAUAACUUUUGAUACAACUGCUGUUUUUAAAGUUUAUGUUUUGUGAGAUUUCAUUACAGAUAUUUCUUGCAAAACUGGCUGUUACUUCCACGUGUACAAUUCGGCUGUUUUGCACAAUCUUGUGAACUGUACGAUUCUUUCAAAACUUUCUGAGAACGAUAGAAGCUAUAUCCUGGUGUAAGCCUGUGACUCCAUCCUGCAGGCAUCUUCGCCAAAUUAGAACCAAAUGCUUUGCAACCUCUGCUCUUCAGCCAUGAAAAGAUUGGUUACAUGUGACCAUUUGUCAAUCGCACCAUCCUUGUUACUCUGGUUUUGAUCACUAUACUGUAGCUUUAAUGAAGUUGUCUGGAAAAAUCUUUUACUACACACUGACUUUUUGUCGCUAAAAGCAUGUCAAGAUGUAAUAAUGUGCAACAUGACUGAUCAUAAUUCGUUUGUGAAGGGCUUGUGCACAUGGGAAAACAGCAUACAUGUAUGUACAUAUCUUUUUCUGCUACAAUUACUAGGUCACAUAGUUACAACAUUAUAGUAAAUGGCCAAAGAUUUCACCCAAAAAUGCAUUUGUAGAUCCAAAUAAAAAUUGUAAAAUAUUACUUUUGUUGCUGAAACAUUUUUACAGAAGGGUAUUAUACUACCUGUGAAAACUGUGGUACAGUCACAGGCAAAAUUUACUGUAUUUAUAUCAUUGGUUUUUUACGCCAUACUCAAAAAUAUUUCACUCAUAUUACAGCGGCCAGCAAUAUAUGCUGGAAAGAAACUAGAGAGAUUUCAGAAGAGUGUACAUGUAGCAGCACCG